CUCCGAGAGUUGCAAUCCUCGAAAAGGCCGAAAACAUUGGGAUAGACCCCGUUGGAUGGUGAUGGAAAGCGCUUCAUAGGGGAGCACUAUGAUUAGGGACUGGCACUUGUUCACCACGCCAUCACCACUUCCCCCAGCAGACCAUGGAGGAAAGUCGGAUUCUAGGAGAGGAUCUCCCUCUCACGACUGACCAGCUGUUUGAACGCCUCGGGCAGAUACCCGGCUAUACGUGGGAUACAACUCUCCAACCCGUUCACUCCUCAUACGAUCAUUGGCAGGUGACAGGCACCAAGCAUUCCUCCGAACCAGACGUGUUUUCAUCGACUCCGGCCUCCUCUUCCUCCUUCUCGAAGGACUCCAGCUUCGCGCACGACUCCCUCAGAAGCGAGCCGCGAUCCUUUCCCCGCAAUAAUGGCCGCAGCAGCAUCAGCGAAGGUAGUAGCGGGGUUGCCUCGCCUCGCGUUGACCCCGAAAUUUCUGUGCCAGUCGUGGCGCGAAUAUCAAGCCAUAUCAUUCGUUUGGAACGAGAAUAUCACUCGAUGAAGACCAUCAUUGACAUGUCAGAUCCAGAAUGCAAACACACAGUCCGCCCAAUUGAUAUUAUUCGCUUUACACCUCAGCCUGGCCAUCGCGCUCCCUUGCUCGUGACAAUAUUCGAGUUCCCAGGCCCAAACUACCUUGGAGAGUUAGUCAGUUUCGGCCCGGCAUUCUACCAAGCCAAAGGCCAAUGUGACCCCGAUAACCUUCCUCUCGUGGACGAAGUUCCCCUAUCCGUCUUUUUGGAUUUCGCGAUCGGCGCCUGUGAAUGCCUUGAGUUAUUGCACUAUGGUUUGAAAAAUGUUCACGGCGAGAUCCGAGCUGAUGCCUUUCACUUUUCUCGGGAAACGGGCGCCGUAAAACUUUCGAACACCGGCAAUGGUUCGAGAGCCUUUGAUAACGCUCUCAGUGAGGGUUGGUCGACACUUUCCAAGGAGUCAGGGGCAAAGGAUAAGUUGCGGUCUAUUGCUCCGGAGCAGACCGGAAGGCUGCUCACCGAGCCUGACAGUCGGACUGAUAUUUACGCUUUGGGAGUCCUUUUUUGGUCGAUGCUUGUUGGCAGACCCGCAUUUGAUGGGAACGAUCCUGUUGAGGUGGUGCAAAAUGUGUUGAGCAAAAGGUUAAGCCCAGUAUCGAGCAAGCGCAUGGACACUCCCGAUGCAAUAUCUGCCGUGAUCCAAAAGAUGGUUCAGAAGCAGAUCACCGACAGAUAUCAUACUAUUUCGUCCGUGAAGAUGGACCUGCAGAAGAUUAUGAAACUUUUGGGUGAUGGGGAUUCCCAGGCUCUCAAGACAUUUCAGAUUGCCCAAAGAGAUGUCACAGCUUUCUUCACUCUGCCGACUGCUCUAUUUGGCCGAAAAGAGGAGUGCGAACGGAUCCUCCAGGUCGUUCAAAGACGCUUGCAGGAGCCUUCGGUGCAGCCUAACACUAAAACCAGCGUUCACCCGAAAUACUCUUUUAGUUCCGGUUCUUCUGUCUCUGGGGAACGCAUUGAUCCCAUCGAAUUUGGGGAUGCUUCAAGCGACUCUGGAUCCUACGGGCUAGCGAGUUUUAGAAAUACUCCCACACCUGUCCCCAAUCUUCUGCCGCAGCUUUCGUCCCACGCGUCGACUAAUAGCGUUGAAUCUUCAGCGUCAACCCAAAAGAAUUUACAUUUGAGCCGUGUGAAAAGCCCUAUCGACUCUCGGCUUUCAUGGGACAACAGCGAUAAGGAAGCUGGUGCCGGUGGCCUCAGUACCCCACAAGAAAAUUUCCCAUGGUUGGGCAAGCUGAUGGCCCAGUCCAAAUAUCGUCAUGGUGGCAGAUGUGAGGUAAUCACAAUAUCAGGAGCUGGAGGAUCGGGAAAAUCGGAUCUAAUACAGAGAGUCCAACCGGAGAUUCGGAAAGGCGGAUAUAUGGCGAUUUCACGACUCGACCGCUCCCGCAGGGUCCCUUUCGAACCGUUCAUGAAAGUAUUAGCAACGUUACUACAGCAGAUAUUCUCUGAGCGUGAUAUUACGACAGAAUACCAUAGUUCUAUCCGUACAACACUGCGACCUGUCUGGCGGACCCUUCAUCGUACUCUCGACCUUCCACAACAAUUAAUUUAUCCAUCGGCUGGGAAUGGGAAGCAUUUGGGCUCGAAGUCUACAGUUUUGCCACUACAAAUAAAAGAGGCCCCUGAAGGAGAGGCCGGUCAUGAUAACCCUAAUUUAUCUGGCUCGUUUUCCCUCCAGACUCCGAAGAACAUCUAUCAGGAACAACCCGCUGCCAAAAAUCUUCGAUUUGCAGACAUCUUCGUGGAUGUUUUAAGAACGAUGACAAUGCAAAAAUUAAUCUGUAUUUGCUUGGAAGACGUGCAAUAUGCCGAUGAUGAGACUUCCGGUCUACUCCUCGAAAUAAUGCGAACAAAGCUGCGCUGCGUUUUCAUUGUUACUGGUCGGCCAGAGGAAAUUGUCGUUCCUGAGGUCAAGACCCUUUUCCAUUCCGAAGGUCCACAGAUCACGAGGAUAGAACUUGGCCCUCUGAGUGAAAAUGACAUUCUCAAAUAUGUGGCUGCAACUCUCCAUCGGCCUGCUGACAAUUCGUUAAUACCUCUCGCCGCGAUCAUUCAAGAGAAGAGCCGAGGAAUUCCCUUUUAUAUUAGGUUAAUUUUAGAGACCUGCAGUCGCAAAAACUGUAUAUGGUAUUCAUGGAGGGAUUCUACGUGGCAAUUUGAUAUUGAUCGAAUUUUCACUGAGCUUGCUGCACCGGACUACGGUCAGGGAUUAGAGAUUGAUUUUGUGGCUAAGAGGUUCGAGGAGCUCCCCUCUGAGGCAAGGUCAAUUCUUCUUUGGGCGGCAUUUUUAGGGAGCCCGUUUUGCUUCUCUGUGAUUCAAAAACUGCUCAGCGAAGAAUUUUCGGAAGAUACGGACGAUGAAGAGAGCGCACGAUGCGAAAACCAAAAACGGACCAAACUCAGCCAGUCGAGCAGCAACGUUGUCGCUGGACUCCAGUAUCUACUCCAAUCCUACAUCAUACUUCCAGGAGAUAGCGACGAUGAAUUUAGGUUCUCUUUUGAUCGAUAUGCGCAGGCUGCAACUUUAAUGAAACGAUGCCGUAAUCAGGAGAAAAUGCAUUUUAUCAUUGCGCAAACCUUGAUGAAAUACUUUGCCUCCAGUGAAAAUAUGCUCUAUGCACGCGCCCAUCACAUUUCCAUUGCUGCAAAAUUAAUAAAGGAAAAGGUUUCCCACCGUAUUAGAUACCGAGAGGAAUUAUCUAAAGCAGCUAUGACAGCACAAAAAUCAAGCGCCAGUACUACUGCUUUGACUUUCUAUCAAACAUGCAUUUUCCUAUUACAGGACGACCCCUGGAAUCCUACAAGGCCGGAUGUUUUUUAUGAAGAGACAAGAGAGUUAUAUCUUCUAACUGCAGAGAUGUUUCUAGCCCAGGGUCGGGCGUCUGAGGCUACGGAUCUUUUAUCCGUAGUUUCCGCCAAUGCGCACACACCCGCCUGCAAAGCUCGAGGUUGGGUCCUGCAGAGUCGGAUUAGCUCCUCAAACGGCGAAAUCACCGCUGCUCUAGACGCGUUGCUUUCGAACUUAAGUGAUCUUGGAGUGAAUAUUAAUAGGGAAGUGACUUGGCAAGAAAUUGAUGAGGCGUAUGCAGAACUCAGCGCAUACCUUUAUACAGCUGACCUGGACGAAUUAUUCUCAAGGCCUUUGAGUGAGGAUCGAACCCUACUAGCAAUUGGAGCUGUGAUGACGGAAGCAUUGGGUUUGUGUGUCUGGAUACAGCCCAAGCUAUUUUGUCGCUACGCGAUCGACCUGAUGAACAUUUACAUAAGCCGAGGGGCCUUUCCUCAGAUAGCCUAUCUUUGCACACAUUUGAACAUGAUUGUCACGAGCCGCUACAAAGACAGCGUAUUAGGGCUCAAGCUUAGUGAUGCUGCGCUUGGUCUUCUUGACAGAUGCAAAGAACCCUCGUUUUCAACCCGGGGAGUCUUGAUUGAUAAUGUUUUUGUGAAUCAUAUGCGAGUACCAAUGGCGUCGACACUGCCCCUGCUCGAAAGUUCGAUGCAGAUCGCACAUGUGCUUGGAGAGCGUCACAUCACACUGUUCACUAUUGGCAUCAUGGUCGCUACCGGGUUCUCGUUGGGGCAAGAUCUUAUAGAGCUCGAACAACAUUGCAAUUGUGCGAGUGAGGAAGUAAGCGAUUGGGCUACUGACGUAAGAGGGGGUUCAAUCAUCAUGGCCGUGAGACAAGCAGCUCGAGCCCUCCAAGGAAAGACCUUCGUCAACAUUGCAGAGAAAAUCAUGUCCGACCAUUCGCACGACGAGCACCAAUAUUUAGAAUGUCUUAUUUCUAGUGGUUCGAAUUUGCAUUCAUUGAACUCGUACCGCGCAAUGAUGUUAAUUCCACUCUACCUGUAUGGAUAUUACGACAGAGUUGUAGAAGUCGGGACGGAGAUCGUUAACAAUAUUGAGUGUCUCUGGUCCUCUCGUUUUGCGACGCAAACAUAUUUCUAUUUGUCACUGGGAAUAAUGUCUCGCCGCCUCGAAGACCCAGGUCGCCCAGGCUUGAAGGAAGACAUUGAGUUGGUUAGGAAGUACAAGAAGGAAAUCGACUUUAUGGAGUCCGCCUGUCAUACAAAUUUCGGGAUGUGGUCUCUGCUGGUGCAGGCUUUGCUUUCUGAGAUAAGCAACGAUUACUCAGCAACGAUGCAGGGUUUGGAGGCUGCGCUGGAUCAUACCCAGCUUCACAACUUCCCGCUUGAAGAGGCGAUGGCCCUCGAGCUGCAAGUUGAUUUUCUUGUUCGCCGAGGUGCGAGGCGCGCUGCCCAGGCAAUUUUGAGACACGCAAUUCCAGCUUGGAACCGAAUGAGUGCGACAGGAAAAUCUAAGCAGUUAGCGGAGCGACACGAGUGGUUGCUCAGAAUGGGAUCCAUUGCAAGGUCCCAAGAUGUCGAGUGCCAAACCGUUGACGCGCUAGCCGUCUCUUCGAAUUCAGUCUCAGAGUCAAGUGGCACCCAAGGUCAAGAUGAACAUAACAGAAACUGGCUAGAGCAGGAUCAGGACUGGACAGAGGGGACUCUAGACGUCUCAAGAGUUGGUCUGGUAGACAUUAUCGAUCUUUCGAGUAUUCUCGAGUUCAGCCAAGUGAUGUCGUCGGAACUCGAAGUAGAUAAACUGCUGACAAAAAUGGUCGGGAUCAUUUUGGAAUCUUGUAGUGGAUCCGAGAUAGCUCUCGUUAUCACUGAGUUCGAAUCCCAAGGAUGGUGUGUUGCAGCAGCUGGGGAAAUUGACAAAGGAGAAGUUGCCUAUGCAGACGGCCUGCCGUUCGCCGAGGUGGAGGACAAAAUGGCCCAGCAGAUUACUCACUAUACACUGCGGAGUCGAGAGCCAGUACUGGUACAUAACGUUCUCGAAGACGAGCGAUUUUCGAAUGUCUCCGAUGUCUAUGCUAGUCGAAACCCUGAAGGGAGAUCUGUGAUUGCGUUGCCGAUCCUUCAAGCGAAUAAUUUCCUUGGAGUGAUCCAUAUCGAAGGCAAACCUAACUCGUUCACGCAUCGCAAUCUCGUUGUUUUACGACUUGUGUGUAACCAAGUGGGCAUUUCGCUUGCAAAUGCAUUCCUAUUCCAAGAGGCGCGCAAAAUCAGUGCUGCCAACGAGGCAAUGAUCGAGGCCCAAAAGCGAUCACUAGCACAGGCGCGAGAAGCGGAGCAAAAGGCUAAAGAAGCCGAAGCUGAAGCCAGACAUAACGUUAAGCUAAAGGAGGAGGCCGCCAAAGCGAAGUCUAUCUUCUUAGCCAACAUUUCUCAUGAUUUGCGGACACCGAUGACAGGAGUGAUUGGAUUAUCCGAACUACUUAAACAGACAAACCUAGAUCGCCAGCAAGAUGUUUACGUCGAGUCGAUUCGUGUUUGUGCAGAUACUCUUCUAACUCUCAUCAACGAUAUUUUAGACUUUUCAAAACUAGAAGCAGGGAAGAUGAAGGUGUCCACUGUUCCUCUUAAUUUGAGACAAACCAUCGCUGAGGUGGUCCGAGCACUUCGUUACACUCACCGAGACCGGGGACUAGAGACUAUUGAAGACCUUGAUGAUAUUGCACCAGAUCUCCUGGUCCUGGGAGAUCCAGUGCGCCUUCACCAGAUAUUUAUGAACCUUCUCAGCAACAGUUACAAGUUUACUCCAAAAGGAUCGGUCACGGUUCGAGCCAAGGUUGCCGAGGAGGACGAAACUACGAUCAGGGUAACCUGCAUCGUUGCCGACACUGGAAUUGGCAUAUCAAAUGAGCAUCUGGCGCGUCUUUUCCGACCAUUCUCUCAAGCCGACAGUUCGACAGCAAGGUCUUAUGGUGGCAGUGGACUAGGCUUAAGCAUAUGCAAGGCCAUCAUCGAAGAAGUCCUUGGCGGGAAGAUUUGGUUACGUUCUGAAGUGGGAGUUGGCACCACAGUCACCUUCACAGUGACAUUCAAGAAGGCUCCGGAAGACGCGGUGGCCAGAACACCCUGGUCCCAGGAGCUAUCCCAGGACAAGAAACAGCCGCCCCAAAAGCGAGUCGUGCGGGAUCUUACAUGCAUUCCUCGCGAUCAGAUCCGGGUUUGCAUCGCCGAAGACAAUCCUAUCAAUCAAAAGAUUGCUGUGAAUUUCGUUCAUAAUCUGGGACUGACCAGCGAAGUGUUCAGUGAUGGCCAACAGGCGGUCUGGGCAUUGCAGCAGCGGUCGAAAGAAGGGAACCCAUUCCAUGUUGUCUUGAUGGAUGUCCAGAUGCCAGUGCUCGACGGAUAUGAUGCUACUCGGAAGAUUCGCGAGAACGAGGAUCCGAACGUCAACGAAGUCCUUGUCAUCGCCAUGACCGCCAGUGCCAUCGAAGGGGAUCGCGAAAAAUGCAUUGACGCCGGCAUGAAUAAUUACCUCGCAAAACCAGUCCGAUCUGACGUCCUGAGAAGCAUGCUUGAUCGGUAUCUCGCGCCGCAGUCGAGACGGACAACAAGGCCAAAAUUUGGCGGUAGCAUCUCUCGACCAAACCAACUCGGUACCGAGAAGACGUCCGCUAGGGCUACAUUACCGAUCAGAAGUGUGUCAAAUAUGACGGUGGAAGAAGCCGCUGACAACGUAGAAUCGAAUGCAUCAAAUGGAGGUGCAAAAGCCGACGACACACAGGGGACUUGACGAUAAUUCGAGUUCGUGAGAUCGUUCGUAACUAUCGCCAGUCCAUUUUGCACGGUUCCUGGUCGAUGACUUCUUUGUAAUACCUGCGCUUAGUGCCUCACAUCCUCUUCCAGGUGUUCAAGCCCAUCCUCUGACAUCAGCGCGAUGUGACAGAACCCGUUUGGCGCUUUUAUUUUAACUGUUACCAGCCCUCGAACAUUGCAACCGAUGAUACCAGCCUUGCGUCUUUCACAUACAGGCACCAUUUAUGCAUUUCCCGCGGGCAUAGCAUUUGCAAUUUGGGUUCACGCUUUCUUUUCUUCAUUUUCCAGUAACAUGAACUGACGAUAAUGAUGUGCCUGCCAUGGCAAACAUCUGCGUUUGAGAUGAUACGAUACAACUUUUCUUGCGAAUCAUGGCGGGCGAUAAGUAUCACGUAAUUCUAGACGUAUUUUUAUUCUUGUCUGGGUUUGAUGGCAAAGGGAAAGCAAUUGAAGUUUAUGGGAAGCGGUUUAGCCAACUACAUGCCUUCAUGACUUACUUUGAAUGACCCUCGGGAGCAUAUCAACGAGCGAUGAACAUGGGAGUUGGAUUCGGAAUUUUAUUUAGUUAACCUUUUUCUUUUCCCUCUGUUUAACAUCUUCUUUUCAUCCUUUUA